GAGUAUUAAUGGGGGGCCAAAUAUUACUGAAAUAGUGGUGCCCCAAUAUAGUAGUAGGACGGUUUCUAGCCACAAAAAAAGUGACGACUGUAGCUCUCAGCUGCCGUCUUCAUAAACGCAGAAGCCCUCAAACACUUCUUUCAGCUGGCCGUCAAAAAUGGAGUCUACUUGCGCGCGCUCAAACCUUCCUCACAUUCCAAGUUCAAUCUCCAAAUGCACGCUCAGAUCGCGCGCAAUCCCCUCCGCGGCCGCCGCUUUUUCCAAGGGUUUCAGCCGCUCCAUCACCAUUAGCAGCGGCGCAUCAAGGCGGCGUUGCCAUGCGGCCUCUGUCGUCCGCUGCCAGUCCUCGCGCAGGCCAGAUUACAGCCCCAAUCGGAUCUCGGAUCCCAAGUACGUUCGUAUUUUCGACACGACCCUCCGGGACGGCGAGCAGUCCCCCGGAGCCACCAUGACCACCAAGGAGAAGCUCUACGUAGCCCGACAGCUCGCCAAGCUCGGCGUCGACGUGAUUGAGGCUGGGUUUCCCGCUGCCUCACUGGCAGACCUUGAAGCCGUCAGGGUGAUUGCUGAGGAGGUUGGCUGUGGGGAGGGCGAUGAUGUGCCUGUCAUCUGCGGCCUUGCCAGGUGCAGUAAGAAUGACAUAGACAAGGCGUGGGAGGCCGUAAAGCACGCGAAGAAACCUAGAAUCCAUACUUUCAUUGCCACAAGUGAGAUCCACAUGAAGGCCAAGCUCAAAAUGACCAAGGAGCAAGUGAUGGAGAAGGCAAUUAGCAUGGUCAGUUACGCCCGGAGCCUGGGCUGCCCUGAUGUUGAAUUUAGCCCUGAAGAUGCCGGCAGAUCUGAUAGGGAGUUUCUUUAUCAAAUACUUGGAGAAGUUAUCAGAGCUGGAGCAACAACCCUUAAUAUCCCCGAUACCGUUGGUUAUACAAUUCCCUCAGAAUUUGGACAGCUGAUUGCUGAUAUAAAAGCCAACACCCCUGGAAUUGAAAAUGUUAUCAUUUCAACACACUGUCAUAAUGAUUUAGGGCUUGCGACAGCCAACACUUUAGCUGGAGCAUGUGCAGGUGCGAGACAGUUAGAAGUGACCAUAAAUGGCAUUGGUGAGAGAGCUGGAAAUGCUUCAUUGGAGGAGGUUGUAAUGGCUUUGAAAUGUCGUGGCGAGCAUGUGUUAGGUGGUCUUUAUACCGGGACAAAUACACAAAACAUUAUGAUGACAAGCAAGAUGGUAGAAGAGUAUACUGGUCUACAUGUCCAGCCACAUAAGGCCAUCGUUGGCUCUAAUGCAUUUGCUCAUGAAAGUGGUAUCCAUCAGGAUGGAAUGCUAAAACACAAAAAUACGUAUGAGAUAAUAUCUCCACAGGAUAUCGGGCUUCGUCGGGAAAAUGAAUCUGGUAUUGUCCUUGGGAAGCUCAGUGGGCGCCAUGCUUUGCAAGCGAAAAUUAUGGAGCUUGGUUAUGAGAUUGAAGGAAAGGAACUGGAGGACCUCUUUUGGCGUUUUAAAUCUGUUGCUGAAAUGAAAAAGAAAGUAACUGAUGAGGACGUAAUUGCACUAGUAUCAGAUGAAGUUUUCCAGCCGCAAGUGUUUUGGAGACUUGGGGAUGUACAGGUAACAUGCGGUAGUCUUGGCCUCUCAACGGCAACUGUUAAGCUCUUUGAUGCUGAUGGUGAAGAGCACGUUGCCUGUUCUGUUGGGACAGGCCCUGUAGAUGCCGCUUAUAAGGCGGUUGAUCUAAUUGCAAAGGUGCCAGUAACCCUCCUUGAGUACUCCAUGAAUGCAGUUACUGAAGGUAUUGAUGCCAUAGCGACAACUAGAGUUCUGAUCCGGGAGAACUCAACAUCUACCCAUGUUGUAACGGAUGAGAAUGCCAACCGUUCAUAUAGUGGUACGGGAGCAGCUAUGGAUAUUGUGAUCUCAAGCGUGCGAGCGUAUGUUGGUGCAUUGAACAAGAUGUUAGGUUUCCAAAAGCUAGUUUCACGAUUCAACAAAACAGAGGAAUCUUCUGUGGUCUAAGCGCUAUCUAAGCUAAGCUUGAAGAAAAAAUUGCAGUGAUAUUUCUUGUGCUUCUCUUGGUUCGGAGAUGAUUUAUUAGAAUAUUUCAGUGGAAAUGAACUGAAUCUAAAUUGUAAUUCUCUGCAACCAUGUGGUUUCAUAUUUACUCCGUAUGUUAUAUUUCUCCCACUGUUUUCUUUUCAUAACUCGGUUGUUCUGUCUUACAAGAAGAUUUUACUAAUUAAAUGGUUUCCAAGUCAUUGGCAUAAUUUUCAAAGACAUUAUUUCACCUUUUC